UCGCGAUCCAAUUCCGGCGCCGGAGAAGACGCGCGCAGGCCCCACCCAGCCGCCUACAGGCGCUCCGCUCCCACAGACGGACAGCUUGGGCUCGACGGAUGAACAUGUGUGAGAAAGAUCAGAAUUUGCCAUGGGGAUACGACCUGUUCCGCGACCCUUUUGCUCCUCCCAACGGGUACUACGGGCCUCCUCCCGGUUACUGUGAUGGCCACUGUUGUGACCUCCAUCAUUACGGUAGAGCAUCACAUCCAGAUGAGACUCAGUUGCAUUCUUCUCAACUCGCAUAUGAUAUGUACAACCCAUCAGUAGGCAUCUACCAUCCUGGAAGCACCCAUGAGCACGAGCACGAGCACGAGACAGUAUAUGUAGAACCGUCUAGUUCCUCUCCAGACACAGGUGGUGACGGUUGUUUUGAGAUGGAGGAGGAAGUAGGGAAGAGGUUUUACCCCAUGGUCCCAGUUCCCCAUGUCCCCAAAAUUAAUGGAGAAAUCCCAUCAAUUGAUGAAGCCACUAUGGACCAUGAAAGGCUGACAGAAAGGUUGAGGCUGUAUGAGCUGGUUGAAAACAAGGUGAAAGGAGAUGGCAACUGUCAGUUCCGAGCACUAUCAGAUCAGCUUUACCAAAGUCCGGAUCACCAUGAAUUUGUGAGGUCGCAGAUAAUUAACCAGCUUAAAACUAACCGUGACGCCUAUGAUGGAUACGUUCCCAUGGCAUAUGAUGAUUACUUGGAGAAAGUUGCACGGAACGGUGAAUGGGGUGACCAUGUGACGCUGCAGGCUGCUGCUGACAAGUAUGGAGUAAAAAUCUUCGUGAUGACAUCGUUCAAGGAUACUUGCUACAUCGAGAUCCUGCCUAAGGUUCAGAAGUCCAACAAAGUGAUACUGUUGAGCUUCUGGGCGGAGGUGCACUACAACUCCAUACAUCCGCAGAACGGUGAGUAGGCGUGCCGUUGGCAUGCCGGGCCUUCACCGCCAACAUGCUCCGAGGUCGCAGACGACCAAGAGGAGAAGAUGGUGGCCGUUCUCGCAGCACCACCACCAUUGAUGGCGGGUUCAGCUCUCUUGGGGCUGGAUGGAUGUUCAGGAUCAGGUGGUGGUCCCGGUCCCGGCCAUCGUCCAGAUGAUACUACAAGGGACGUACGACAUUAUGAUUAAUAUAUAUAUACCCAGAGCGGAGCAGAAAGACCUGAUAAGGGAAUUAGUUGGGAUGAAUGAAAUGGAAUAAACAUGGGAUGGGAUGGGAAUCGUCGUCCCGUAUAUAGUUUAGAGUGGAGGCCGGUGAGCGCCAACUCAAACUCUUUGUAUUGUUGUUUAUAUCUACAAAUUUUGCCGGAACGAGGCUAGAAUUAUUGGGGAACAAUUAUGGUAAUAAUAAAUCGGUUAAGAAUUGAGAUGACCCAGCUGUUGGCAGAGCUCGGAUCAUCAUAUGACCAGAAUCAGAAUGGAUUCCCCAGUGCAUCUAGUUUUCCUCUGGAAGAACAGAACAACAUAAAAGAAAAACGUUGAACACUGAAGUGGGAAGCUGUAACCAGAAAUCUUAGAUUUGAGCCCAACUGCUCUUUUUGGAAGGCAAUAUCUAGUUUUUGGCCCAUGAGUCCAGGACAUUUUCAGAGGGCCCAUGAGUCAUUUCACAGGUGAACAACCAUUGUAGCCAUUAUACAUACAGAGUAGGCUGGUGUCUUAUUUU